AUGUCAUUGCAACGGAUUCAAGUGAAGACCAAGCCAGCACCAUUAUUCAUCUGGCAACAACCUCCUCGUCUACCUCUUCCUGAAUUACCACAAAGGGAUCCGAGUCGUCAGCUUUCGUUUUCACAGUAUGUGAGAAUUGAACACAAUUCGGAUAUUGUAAUCCAAGACUGGCACCAAAGCGAAUUGAAUAGAGGUCGCGACAAAGAAAUGAUCAAACUGGUCAUUUUGGAUAUCAUAUCAACAAUGCCAAAACUUCUCCCACAAUACGGCCAAGGCAAGCAUCGGUUAUAUGCCCAUGUUGCCAUUGAUGUUUACAAGCGCACUGGUUGUUAUUUGAGCUCCAAGGCAGUCUCGACCUGUUUUCGAAUGGAGAAGGAGAAUUUGCGCCGCAAAUUGAAAAAAUUGGUCAAAAGAAAAAUGCUCUCCGUUGAGAAAGUAGAGGAUAAGCUCUGGAAAGAGUAUCCAAACUACGGCUCAAUUCGUUUCUUCAGAGCAGAGACGUGGAAAUGGGAAACCAAGACCCGAAAAAACGCCACUGUGGACAAAAAGGGAGAACCCAUAAUUUUUGACGUCUCUGAUGAUGAAGAGGAAGUAGAAGACAUCAGGGAUGAUGAAACGGUUGUUGGUGAUAUCACAGAAGAUACUUUCGACAACGAUGAGAUUGGUUUUGAGCCUGCCGUUGACAUCACCAACCAGAGCUCCGAUGUUCACGCAGAUGAUGAGCAAGAACCAGUCGACGGAUACUUUGAUGAUCGAACUGGUUUAUGGUUCACUGAUCCACCGAUGUAUGAAAACCGACCAAGUGAAGCACAUCCUUUGUCUUUCGAUAAUGAUGUCCCGAGUACUUCGAUGCAAAAUUGGCCGAUUCAAGACACACACUCACCACUAGCCAUUCAUCAAGCGAGUACGAUCCAGCCAAUCGCCGAUUUCGAUGUUCAAAUGGAUCAUGGUGAUAACAGCGGAUUCGAGCCACCACCAUUCGGAGUCCCAAGUCUUCCUCGCCGUCACGUUGCCUACUCAACCAACCGGACCCCAGUUCGAUUAGAAGACGUUGAACAAUUUCAAAGAGAUAUUGGUCAAAUCAAGGAUCAAGCUGAACGAGUCGCCAAAAAACACCCGGAAAAGGCAGAAAUGAUGAGGCAAGCACUGCUGGAAAUUGUUCAAAUCUGCGAACGGAGUGACACAACGGAUCUUGGUCAGAUGUUUGCGCAACUGGCAAGGAGAAACGACAAAAACCUGUUUAAGUAA